AUGGCAACGCCCUUUCCUCCCGGCCAAGCGUGGUCAUGUGACUUGCGAGCCAAGAUGGCGGCCUCCCUGCGGGCUGGGGAGCGGCUGCGGCGGGUGGCCGCGGACCCCGAGCUGAUACGGCUGGCUCCAGAGCUGCGGGCAGAACUCGAGGCGGCCUCGGCUGAGCGCGGCCUGCCCUUUGCACUCGUCCGGAGGCUUCACCGAGCGCUGCGAGAGGCGGGUUCUCAAGUGUAUCUUCAUGAACUUCUCGAAGGCAGUGAGGUCUUACUUCCUGAAGUGAAAAAAGCUCCCAGGAACCCAGAGUUAGUGGCCCGGCUGAAGACGCUCAAGGCUAAGCUAGCCAAUGAGGAGUACAAGAGGAUGACAAGAAAUGUCAACAGCCAGGAACUGAAUCGAUAUGGCACUCUGGCUGACAUCGGAAGGCAAGUUAGGUCUACCAAAGUCUUGGUCGUCACCAUAUUCAACUUUCUUAUCACCAUGGGAGCUGCAUUUGCCUGCACAUACCUGGGCAGUCAGUACAUCUUUGCAGAAAUGGCAGCGCGGGUGUUGUCAGCUGUGAUUGUGGCCUCCGUGGUGGGUUUGGCAGAGCUGUAUGUGAUGGUGAGGACUCUGGAAGGGGAACUGGGAGAGCUGUAACCUGAUUGGGCUCCCGAAGUCUUUCUGGCCCCGUUUCUUCAGCAUAUCAGACCCACCUGAAAACAGCCAGAGCUCACGGGCAUAUCACAGAAAGGGCCACCUCUGUAUCUUCGCCUCCAGCAGGUGCUGGCUCUGAACAAGCAAGUCUUUUGCAGUCUGAAGCAAAAACCUACCUGAGGUCCCUUGCGUGCCCUCUCCUUUUUUUUGUUCCUUGGAACAAGCUUGCUUCUGCUCUCCGCUCCUUCCUUCAAGCAAGCGCUGUCCUUCGCAGCUGUCUGGAGUGUGGCCGGGCCUGGCCUGCAGAUGCUGACUAGAAAAGCUGUUUCCUGCCAACACUGGAAGAUCUGUAGUUGUUCCGUGGACCCUGACACUUCAACGGGCAGGGUCAGAGGGGCUUGUCUUUUCACUGUUGUAAUAGACCUAUGGAAUGCCUGAUUUCUGGCUAAAAAAAGUUCUGUAAGAUGACGUCUUGCCUUGUUUAGAAGUGAAUUUUCUACUAUGUGCAAUAAACUUACUAACAAAA